GCGAGACUCCGACAAGGGCGAUGACGAAGGUCCAAGGAGGCUCCGACGAUGAAACGGCCAUCCCGAUUGGGACACGGGCAUGUCUGUGGCGGCGCUAGCACGUUUGUACUCCACGCUCUCUCCCCUCCACCAGACUAUCCACCUUGCUCUCAUACCAACAACAGGCGCGAAAUAUUGAAACAGAUCGUCAUCGUCGAGAGUCUUCCCAUAAUUGAUCUCGGAUUGGAUUUUUGAAGCCAACGCGGUUGGAUCUUUCCUCGGAGAAGCGAACAUCAAGCGUGUUAUACAAACCUCGCAGCAUACCCCUCCACGGACCCUCUCUACCUCUUGAUUUCACUUGAUUGAACCGUGAUGGCCGAUGCGAACAAUGAGCAGGCUGGAGAGGCCGUCCCCUCUGCGCAGCGCAGCAGCUGGACGUCCUUCCUUAAAUCCAUUGCGUCCUUCUCGGGCGACCUCUCGUCUAUGACUGCGCCGCCCUUCAUCCUUUCCCCCGUCUCGCUCACCGAAUUUCCUGCGUACUGGUGCGAACGCCCAGAACUUUUCGCCGCGAUUGCGGACGCCAACACACCCGAGGAGCGUUCACUUGCGGUGCUGAAGUGGUUUAUCAGCACCUUGAAAGGUCAAUACACCUCCCGAAACGAAUCUAUGGGAUCCGAGAAGAAGCCGCUUAACCCCGUCCUCGGAGAGUUGUUCUACGGAUACUGGCCGGACAAGAAUGGACGCGGAGAGACGAAUUUGACUGUCGAGCAGGUGUCGCACCACCCGCCAAUUACGGCAUACUUCAUCUCGAAUCCGAGCAAGGGCCUCGAGCUGCAAGGCCACAAUGCGCAGAAGACGAGCUUCUCGGGUGGCAGCAUCAUCGUUAAGCAAAUCGGGCAUGCGACGCUGACCAUCGAGUUGGGCGGCGGACAGAAGGAGGAGUAUAUUAUCACGCUACCGCGAUUGCGGAUAGAUGGCUUGUGGUACGGAUCGCCGUAUAUUGAGCUGUCGGAGAACUCGUACAUUCAGAGCUCGACUGGAUGGCUGUCGACCAUUGAGUACAAAGGCAAGGGUUACUUCUCUGGCAAGUCGCACACGUUCAAGGCGGUCGUCUCGCCGCCGGGGUCGAACAACGCGGUGCACACGCUCGAGGGGCAGUGGAACGCGACGAGCAAGAACAUCAAGACAAACGCUACGUUUACGGACGUGACUGGUGACAAAGAGGAGGUCAGCGUACGUGCGCUCGAUGUGCAGGACGAGUGGGAGAGCAGGAAGUUGUGGGCCAAAGUUGCCAAGGGAAUUCGGGAAGGCGACUUUGAGACCGCAAGUCGGGAGAAGACGAAAAUCGAGAACGAGCAGAGGCAGCGGAGGCGCGACGAGCAGGCUGCGGGCACGACGUGGCAGCUGAAGCAUUUCGUGCACGAGGACAACGAUCCGCUUUACGAGCGCUUGGGAAGUUUCUUCCGGGCAAACCCGCCGACGGAGGACAUGUACGUCUUCCAGCACAAUGUGCCCUCGUUCGACUAGCCGAAUCGAGCGGGCUCAGGAAGAGCAGGACGAGUGAGAUGAUGAUUUUGGCUUUGUACAAUUUCUUUUUGUCCUUUGACACUCGAUCUCGAUAAUGUAGAGCCGGAGAACAAUCGAGUUUAAUAAAUUGUUUUGUACUG